CACAGGAUUUGCACAUCACAAAGCGAUUAAAAUGAAAAAAGUUUGCUGCAUUUUUCCUCUUUGGAAAACCAGAACGCUUUCGAGGAAGCUGAUACUAAACAAUUAAUAAAUGGCAAGCUGUUUCAGCAAGAGAAAGGUUGGCAAGUGACAAGAUUUUUCCCUACAGUCCAGUCCAUGUCUUUCAGGAAUGUGAGCCUCACCAGAGUUCAUUCAACUGAUUAAUUACUUGAAUGGUCUAAAUAACAGCAGGGUUCAUGAUCCACAAAAUGAACUCCACAUAUCACCACGGAUUAAUUCAAGCCUACCAUACAAGGAACCACACUUUGGGUGCUUAUGCAGGCGCUAAUCAGUCCAGUGAAAAAGACUCCUCCUCUUCAGGAUGUUAUGAGCAGCUUUUGAUCUCAACUGAGGUGUUUCUGGUCCUUGGUAUUUUCAGCCUUUUAGAAAACAUUUUGGUUAUUGCUGCAAUUAUAAAGAACAAGAACCUACACUCUCCUAUGUACAUCUUCAUCUGCAGUUUGGCAGUGGCUGACAUGCUCGUAAGUGUAUUAAAUGCCUGGGAAACUAUAGUGAUGGCCUUGAUCACUGGUGGGCACCUGACAUUCCAGGACAACUUGAUCAAAAACAUGGACAAUGUGUUUGAUUCUAUGAUUUGCAGCUCGUUGCUGGCUUCAAUUUGCAGUCUACUGGCCAUUGCAAUAGACAGAUACAUCACUAUCUUCUAUGCCCUCCGGUACCAUAACAUCAUGACUGUAAGAAGGGCUAUGAUUAUUAUUUCAAGUAUCUGGUCUUUUUGUAUAGUGUCUGGUAUCCUGUUUAUAAUUUACUCUGAAAGUACCACUGUCCUAAUUUGUCUUAUUUCCAUGUUCUUCACUAUGCUUGUACUCAUGACCUCUCUCUAUGUCCAUAUGUUCAUGCUGGCUCGGCUGCACAUGAAGAGAAUCGCAGUCCUUCCAGGGAAUGGCACAAUCCACCAUGGUACCAAUAUGAAAGGAGCCAUCACCUUAACCAUCUUGCUUGGUGUCUUUGUGGUAUGCUGGGCACCAUUCUUUCUCCACCUCAUCCUUAUGAUCUCCUGCCCUAGAAACCCUUACUGUGUCUGUUUCAUGUCCCAUUUCAAUAUGUACCUCAUUCUCAUAAUGUGUAACUCAGUGAUCGAUCCAUUAAUCUAUGCAUUCCGUAGCCAGGAGAUGCGCAAGACCUUUAAAGAAAUCAUUUGCUGUUGCAGCUUACCAGGAACAUGUGUGUGUGAACUGCCCAGCCGGUACUAAAAACAAAUGGCACAGUUUGCAGUCACUAUUUUACUAUAGAACAACUGCAUUCCUAAGUGAAAUGAACCGCAUAUGUUGAUUUCAUUUCAGCCACAUUUCUAACACAUUCUACCAAUCCAGGCUGCUAAUUAAACAAUCCAGGAUGCUGCUUUUAAACAAUGAAACUGUGAGGGCAAAUUAAUUCUCAGAACUGCAGAUUUUCAUUUUACUCAUCCAGUUUGCAGAGCAAGUUAUUUGUUCAUCUUGGUUCCUGACAAACACAAAUGAAUCACUACAAGGCAUAAACCAUGCAAUGCCUUAUAUUGGAAUUCUUAUUGCGUUAUAAAACCCAGAUCGUACUACAUAUGAUUCUAGAAGUUUGCUGGGUAAAUAAAUGGUUAAUGAUCAUGUUAAUGUAAGCAAAUAUUUAUCCAUUUAUGGACUUUGUAGUUGAGCAAACAUGUGUAGUAACAGUAUGUUUUGAAUGUGUAAGGAAUACCUUUUAGUUAAUGUUGUCUGUGGAAUCGUAAUUGUUUUUGCAGGGUAAACUCUACCUUGUUAUUAAAUUGUGUCUUCAGUGGUUUCUUAGGUUUACUUACUAUUUUUGUCAUGUCUGAGUGUUGUAUUGUUUUUGUCAUGUCUUGUUAUAAAGUACAAACAUGGGCUUCAACGUUAAUAUGUACUGUUGUUUAUUUGAAAGAUCUGUAUAUAUAUUUAUUUUUUGUGCCAUAAUUAUUUAUAUUAAAUACAUUUCUAUCACUUGUCUAUUUGAAAGGGUAAAGAAGAAAACAAUAGAUCCAUGCAAAAGAAAUGACACUCUUUACUAUUUUCAGUAACACUGUAAUGUAACAGUAAUUCAGAUGCAAUUAUGUAUGAAUUAAAUUCAGAUGUUUUAAUAUGUAAGCCCUUGUUUAUGCUACAUUUACGAUAUUUAAUCAAAUAAGACCAGAGGGUCCCAAUGUAAAAUUGGUGAAAUGUGACCCCACAAAAAAAAUUGGUCUGUCUUUCUAUCAAGAACAAAUUACCUGUACCAUACUGUAAAUUUAUUAUGGGAGGGCAACUUGCCCACUGGAAAAUACACACAGUUACCAUAAAUAUUAAUAAAGCAUGUGUAAAUGAUGCUAUUACAGUUUAUAUUGUGGCUUGCUCUAUAUUGCCUUAAUAAUACUUUAACGUUAAAUUGUAAUACCAUGACCGUUAUUUAACUUACGAAUACUAAGAGGAACUGCCAAUUCAUGUUUAUGUUUCUGUUAACACUUUACAUUAAGUGUCUCUAAUUACUGUGUAUUUACAUAAUAUUUACUCAGUAAAUACUUACACAUAAUUACAAUGACAUUAUGUACAGUUAGAAUGUACUUCAUGUGUGCAUCUUUUUACACAAUAUAUGUAAGUACACAAUUGUAUAAAACAAGCUAGCCGGAUAUGUAAAAAACUCUCUUUAAUUGCUAUAGGUACAUUUUAAAUGUAUUGUUACCAGUUAAAUAUGCAUGAUGUUUAUGUCUGUAACUACAAUUCUGGAACUGUUGAUACAAACUGCUGUACAUUGCAAGUAUUACAUAGGUUACAAAAAUGCUCAUGGUGUCAAUAUA